AAAAAUCAACAACUAAUUUAAUUCCACAUGUAGAAAACCCGGUGCCUCUAACAUAGUUUUCUUCUCCCUAAUUUUUCUACCAUCUAUGUUACCCUUUGCUAAGUACCAAACAUAUCAUAUUUAGAAUUGAUUCAAUGAAUUCCACUACAUCUAUUUUUUCUUUGCCGGAAGAUUGUAUUUAUGCAAUCUUAUCACACACAUCUCCACAAGAUGCAUGUAGAUUUUCAUUAGUCUCAAACACCUUUGUCUCAGUUGCAAACUCCAACUUAGUUUGGAAGACAUUUUUACCCUCCGAUUACGAAGACAUUGUUUCAAGGGUUUUGAAUCCAUUCACUUUCAAAUUCAUUUCUUCCUACAAACAACUCUUUCGUACACUUUCUCGUCCCCUUCUCCUUGACGGUGGCAAUAAGAGUUUUAGAUUGGAAAAGUGUUGGGGAAAAAAAUGUUAUUUGUUAUCAGCAAGGGAGCUGUCAAUAGCGUGGAGCAUCGAUCCAAUGUUCUGGAUUUGGAAACCAAUCCCUGAAUCUAGAUUCGCAGAGGUAGCUGAGCUGAAAACAGUGAACUGGUUAGAAAUAGAAGGCACAAUCAGAUCACAAAAUUUAACAGCAAACACAUUAUAUGCAGCUUAUCUUGUAAUGAAAGUCUCUGAUGGAGCGUAUGGACUUGACUCAGGUCCUUCAGAUGUAACAAUUGAGAUGGGAAACAAAGUGAAAAGAGGGAAAGCAUAUUUGUGCAAUAAAGAUGAGAACAAGUGUAAUAUGGAGACACUAUUUUAUGGGAAUAGAAGAAACAGAGUGGUUCAAGCACAAGAAGAUAGAGGGAAUAUUCAUGUGCCAGCUAAGAGAUUAGAUGGCUGGAUGGAGAUUGAGAUUGGAGAGUUUUUUAGUGGUGAGAGUGAUGAAGAGAUUAAGAUGACUCUUACAGAACUUGGUUAUCAGUUGAAGGGAGGGCUUAUUGUUGAAGGCAUUGAAGUGAGACCAAAAUGAGAUGCAUAUUAUAUAAAAUAAAAUAAAAACAAUAUAUUGUAUCAAAAAUGAGUAUUCGAUUUUUGCAUGCAUUUUAAAAAAUGUUUGUAAUUGUAAUUAAAAUGUACUUUGGAAUUUUUUAUAUGUAUUUAUAUUAUUUAUGAUAAAACAGUUCUAGCUGGAGAGGUGUUGGGAAAAACAAUCUAAAGUUGUAAAUAUAAGAGAUCUGAAAAUAGUUUAUAGAAAUAGGAAUCUAUCACUUUAUAAAUUGAAAUUAUAAUAAUAGGUUAGAUUGAAUAUAAAAUUUUAAUAAAA